UAAGCAGCUGAGAGAGUGUGAGAGCACUGCACGGCAAAAGUGUGCCAACGGCGAAAACAAAAAAAAACACACAAAAAAGAAAUCAAAGUCAAUAAGAACCAGGCUCCAAAAAAGAAUACGCACGAAAAUUCUGCCCUGCGACGCCGGUUGUAACGGUGACAGCAGGUAGACGGCAGGCAAAGCUGGCAGAGCAACAGCAACAGCGACUGAGACUGAGACAGCGACUGCGACGCCUACGCAGAAGCUUUCUCAACGAAAGUGAUUCAUUUCUUGCGAGUGGCUGCCGCUCUUCUUCGCUGUUGUUAUAUUAGCUGUAAAUAUUGUAACACCCUGGUGGAGGGUAUUCUCAUUUUUGGAACAUCUUUGCAACGAAGCGGAGAGGUGCGAGUUGAGACAUAUAUUCAGUUGUUUCUAGAAAUUUCUUAAUGACAUUUUUCUAUACCGCAAUAGAAAACAUUCAUUAAACACUGUAGUUGAUGCUCUGUCCUUCUUAUUAAUUGUAAUUGCAGGGUAUCUUACGCUUCGAUCCCUGCAAGCCAGCACUGCUUUGCGCUCUUGCUCAUUCUGUUGUUAUGCAUUUCUCUUUGGUGCUGUUUAACUAACUGUUUAGCAGCUUAUUGCUAUGUCCAUCACCCCCAUCUCCACCUCCAGUCGCACUCGAAUUCGCAUUUAGUAGCCGCUUGCUGGCAGCGCCUGCUGCUGCCGUUGCGCUAUGCCUGCUUGUCGAUUGUUGUACCUUGAACUUGAUCAGCAGAGGCGGCAUUAGGAGCAGCAGAGGCCGCGGCGGCAGCGCACAUUCAACUCUCAGCGCAGCGGCAGCGGCAGAGGCAGAGGGCCAACCAGUUUACAACAGCAACGGCCCACAGUCAACAGCAACAUGUUUGUAAUUGCCUAGCAUCAACUAACAGAGCAACGGUCCACAGCAACGACAACAGCAUCCACCUCGAAUGUUUUGCUGAAAGCAAAGAUUAUGCAAAAAAUCGGCGACAGGAAAUGUUGUGUCCGAAAGCUGGGAGACAGAUGCAUCCAACAUUCCUACGUGCAUGCAAGUGAGAGGCGAAGGAGUCUCCAUCUCUCUCUCUCUAUUUGGGUUUUAUGUGUGCAACAAAAUGGUUGCAUGCCACUCGCCGCUGUGUGAAAGAAAUUUUCCGUUUUUCGACUUUUUUGUUGCUCCCAAGCAAAGUUUUAUAAUAGAGAUGGAGAUUUCACUUUUAUGCGGGAGACAAGACCCCCUCUAGCCCUGAACCGUCUUCACACCCAAGCAGACACACGUGCAAUGAACAAUUGGAAAAGAAAAGUCAAAGCAAAAUGCAUAGGUGACCGGCCGAAAGAUACCCUAACCAAAGUAGAAAUAAUAGCGUAAAGAACUACAGGGCAGAUAGCAGAAUGCCCAAAAGUGGGAUAUAAAACGGGAUAUAUAUGGGAAAAUUAAAUCUAUUUGCCCUGAAUAUCUCUCGUGUGUCAUCUGAAGGGUGUACAAAAUGUGCUAAUCAGUGACCAUCGGGCCUACAAAUGAGCUUACAGAUCUAACGAUCACGAUUAUCUGGGCCUGUAAUACUUAGAGUCCGACUCGGAGGCCACAAAUGCAUAACAAAUGCCAGUUACGAAAUGUUUGAAUCGAUGCGAGAUCGUGAUUGAAAUAUGGAAGCAUGAAAAGUCGGCUCCUGAUCGCCGAUCCCCGACGAUCGCCUAACCCGAUUACAUACUAAGUGGCGAGGCGAGACUUUUCAUGUCAUGUCCACUGCAAUCCACUAACCCCUCACUCAACAAACUCUUUUCAAUUGGCAUUACAGACACGUAGAACGGAUCGUGGAUCGCUUGGAAUUGGAAGACAGCCAGAGGAACGAGCGAGUGACGACCCAUAUAGGCAGAUCGCAUCCCCAGAGACAUGAGCUCGGCAAUUGUGGGCGCCGCGUCGGCGAUUGGCGGAGCGGUGACGGCGGCCACCAGCAACAGCUGGUUCAUCCCCAUGCUGAUGGCGGCCGUGGCCUAUUUUCAGUAUGAGGAGAUCAUGGAUCCCGAGUCGAAGCCCAGCGAUGUCAGCGGCGAUGAGAUACUCGAUCAUUAUGACUUUAUAGUGAUAGGAGCCGGAUCGGCCGGUGCCGUGGUGGCCAAUCGUCUCACGGAAGUGGAGAACUGGAAUGUGCUGCUCCUGGAGGCGGGCGGCGACGAGACGGAGCUGACGGAUGUGCCCCUGAUGGCUGGCUAUCUGCAGCUAUCGAAGAUCGACUGGCAGUACAAAACGGAGCCAUCGGGCACUUCCUGUUUGGCAAUGCAGGGCGGACGCUGCAACUGGCCAAGGGGCAAGGUGCUCGGCGGCAGCUCCGUGCUGAACUACAUGCUGUAUCUGCGGGGAUCGAAGCACGACUACGACAACUGGGAGGCAAUGGGCAAUCCCAGCUGGUCCUAUCGCGAUGCCCUGUAUUACUUUAAGAAGUCGGAGGACAACACCAAUCAGUAUCUGGCCAAUACCCCGUACCAUGCCACGGGCGGGUAUCUGACGGUGGGCGAGGCGCCGUACCACACGCCGCUGGCGGCCAGCUUUGUGGAGGCCGGCGUGGAGAUGGGCUACGAGAAUCGCGAUCUGAAUGGUGAGAAGAUGACCGGCUUCAUGAUUGCCCAGGGAACGACGCGACGCGGCUCACGCUGCUCCACCUCGAAGGCGUUUCUGCGUCCCGCCCGGCUGCGACCCAAUCUCCACAUCUCAAUGAACUCGCAUGUGACCCGCAUCAUGAUCGAUCCGGUGAGCAAGCUGGCAUUCGGCGUGGAGUUCGUCAAGGAUCAGAAGCUCUACCAUGUGCGGGCCACCAAGGAGGUGGUCCUCUCCGGCGGCUCCGUCAACAGUCCCCAGCUGCUGAUGCUGAGCGGUGUGGGCCCGCGCAAGGAGUUGGCCAAGCACCGCAUUCCGCUCAUCAAGGAGCUGAGUGUGGGCGAGAACCUGCAGGAUCACAUCGGACUCGGUGGCCUCACCUUCCUCGUCAAUCAGCCAGUGUCCAUUGUCGAGAAUCGAUUCCACACCAUGUCCACGGUGCUGCAGUACGCCGUCUUCGGCCAGGGACCCCUCACCAUUCUGGGCGGCGUCGAGGGUCUGGCGUACGUGAACACAAAAUACGCAAACAGCACCCUCGACUGGCCGGACAUUGAGUUCCACUUUGUCUCUGGGUCGACGAACUCCGACGGCGGAUCGCAGCUGCGCAAGGCCCACGGCCUGACGGAGGCCUUCUACCGGUCCGUGUUUGAGCCAAUUAACAAUCGGGAUGCCUGGAGCAUCAUUCCCAUGCUACUGCGACCCCGGAGCGUGGGCAACAUCCGGCUGCGCAGCGGCAAUCCCUUCGACUAUCCGUACAUCUUUCCCAACUAUCUGACGGACGAGUUCGACAUGAAGACGCUCAUCGAGGGCGUCAAGAUCGCCGUGGCCCUGUCCCGCACCAAGGCCAUGCAACGUUUCGGCUCCCGGCUCUCGAGCAUUCGCUGGCCAGGAUGCGAGCAGGUGCCGCUCUUCACCGACGCCUUCUGGGAGUGCAUGGUGCGGCGCUACACCUCCACCAUCUACCAUCCCGUGGGCACCUGCAAGAUGGGCCCCUACUGGGACAAGGAUGCGGUGGUCGAUGCCAAGCUGCGGGUCUACGGCAUCCGCGGACUGCGCGUCAUCGAUGCCAGCAUCAUGCCCAAGCUGGUCUCUGCCAACACGAACGCGCCCGUCAUCAUGAUUGCCGAGAAGGGCAGCGACAUGAUCAAGGAGUUUUGGAUCAAGAACACUAUCGUCUAACUCGUAUUACUCUCCGCCCAGCCCAGUGUGUGUCUCAGUGUUUGCAUGAGUGUGCCCGAGUGUGUGAGUGUCUGAAUCAGUGUCUCUGAGUGCCGAGUGAAUGUUUUAGUUGUUUAGCUUUUUAGCCUGAUUGUUGUCUACUCCCUAUCCAAAAUUAUAUUUAUUGACAUCUGCUCUCUCUCCUUUUUUUUUUGUACUUUA